AUGGCGCAGUAUACCAAGGGACUUAUCCCAGACUCACUCAAAAACAAAGUCAUUGUCUUGACAGGUGGCGCAAAUGGCAUCGGAGCAAGUCUGGUGGAAUAUGCUUGCCAGAAUGGAGCAUAUGUAUGCUUUGGUGACCUCGCAGUUGAGGCCGGCGAGGCAAUUGCAAAAGUAGUGAAUGGGAAUUCCUCUCCACCCCAGGCACUUUUCGUUAAGACCAAUGUGACAAGCUACGACUCCGUCCUAAAUCUCUUUGACAAGGCGAUGGAGACAUAUGGCCGCAUCGAUCACGCCGUUGCAGGCGCGGGGAUCACCGAGGUCGGGAACGUAUUUGACCCUGCAUUAGAUAUACAGUCUAUCCGGAAGGCCCCUACUACAAAAGUCCUCGAUGUAAACCUCACGGGAUGUCUCUAUGUGACUCGCAUCGCUAGUGUCUAUCUCCGCCAGAACCGGCCGGAUAAUACCGACCGCUCGAUAAUCCUGGUCUCCUCUGUGGCGGGCUUUAAAGAAUCACCCGGGCUUUUUAUCUAUCAAGCUUCUAAGCAUGGUGUGCUAGGUCUUAUGCGUGCCCUGCGGCUAUAUCUAUGUUCACCAGCGCACAGGAUUAGAAUUAACUGUAUCUGUCCGUGGAUGACGACGACCGGAAUGGUGAAAGGGAUUCAGGAUAGAUGGUUUAAGGCGGAGUUGCCGGUGAAUACGCCUCUGGAUGUGGCGAAGGUUAUAGCGAAUGUACUAGGGGAUAAGGAGUUGAAUGGGCAGGCCAUGUAUAUUGAGGGAGGAAGGGCUUGGGAGAUUGAGGCGAAUAUCAACAGAUUAGAGCCGCAGUGGUUGGGUGAGGAGCCUAGUCGCUCGUUGGCGAGAGGGCAAGAGGUUUUGGGAUCUGGGGAGGGGUGGACGGAGUAA